UUGAGCCUUGCCCCACUACCAUUGGCUAACCACGCUAUUGGGAACCAGAGUUCGUUCCUGCAGGUUGCCGGGAACCUUGAUGAGCGAUAAAGUAAUAAAUUUUUAUAAUUCGAUAAUUGACUUUUUUUUUAGUUCCAACCUCCACCAAUUGUCGCGACAUCCCGUUUAACGCCAGCCCGCCAUCUUCUCACCGAAUGUAUUAUUAGCUUUAUACCAUCGAACUAUGUCAUUUGCCCGUAGACCCAGGCUCUUAUGCCUGCUUUGCCAGUCGAGAGCUUUCAGCACCUCGUACCGACUUCUAGCGGAGCAAGGUCCUGUUCCAAAGGCCGUCGCAAAAACCAAUAACCAGUCGACCCAAGCGAAGACGAAGACGACGACGCCUCCGAGUUCACCUGCACCGCCUAAGGUUAUUGCCCCUUCUCCCUUGGAAGAUGCGCCGAGAGGAUAUGGGAAGCGGGUUGAAGAGUUCACGCCGAAGCCGCUGAGCCGGCCGAUAGGCAUGCAUCUACCGCCGAAACCGGGCGAGAAUACGGGCAUAGACAACCGAACAUUGAAACAGCGCCGCGACGACUUCGUUAAUUACGAGAAACAUCUUGCGCGACGAGAGGUCCUGAAGAGCAAGAUGGCACGCCCUUACUUCCGCGACUGGGGCAACUUGAAAUUCCACAAGGGAAAGACCUUCAUCGCGCCGCCGCGCAUGUUUAAAGAGGACGUCUCUCUGUUCUUCCCGAACGUAUACGGUCAGACUCUAUUAAAGAGCGAUCGCAAACCUCGCGACACCACUCCCACUUUGUACGGCAAGAUCUCGGUCGUCAGUGUAUUCAGCAGCGUAUGGGCCGAGAAUCAGGCCAAGACAUUCGUAGACAAAGAGAACAACCCCAUGCUCGACCAUCUACUUGAGCAAAAUCAGGACACGGCCCAGCGCAUCUGGAUUAACAUCGAAGAGAACUCGCUAAAGGCGUUUCUGAUAAAGAUGUUUAUAGGCGGCAUUAGGAGCCGGAUUGGCGAGCGGAAUUGGCAUCGGUAUUUUAUCGUACGAAAGGGGGUCUCGGAUGAAAUUCAGGAGAGCAUUGGCCUCUUGAAUAAGAGCGUCGGCUACGUAUACCUCCUUGAUCGCCAGUGUAGGAUACGAUGGGCCGGCAGUGGUCCCAGCGAAGAUCACGAACGAGAAGGGCUGGCCCAGAGCGUCCAGCGACUUCUAAAUGAAGAGAAAAAGCUGAAGGGAAGUUGAAUCGGAAGCUAUGUAUCAUUAUAUAGUACGAUAAAUUGAAACGAUACCCACCUCCCUUUAGUGUGUCCAAAAGGAGGAUAAAUGGCUCGACGUUAACAUACUCCGAACCCCCUGUCGACGAAACAUGAUGCCAAUCGUAACGUCAAUUCCUCUCUCAAUGUACUGCAUAAGGCUGA